AUGUCAUCAGUGAAAGUUGCAGUACGGGUGCGGCCCUUCAAUGCAAGAGAAUUGUCAAAUGACUCGAAAAUGGUUAUUGCUAUGACCGACAACACUACAACGAUAAUCGGCGGAAUAGGCGCAGAAAGAAGCCACAGUUUCAAUUUUGAUUAUUCAUAUUGGUCGUUCAAUAAAGAUGAUACACAUUAUGCAAGUCAACAAAAAGUUUACGAUGAUCUUGGUGUAGAAAUGCUUGAUCAUUCCUUUGAAGGAUACAAUGUAUGUAUAUUUGCAUACGGUCAAACUGGCAGCGGGAAAAGUUACACAAUGAUGGGAAAACCAAACGACGAGAAAGAAAUGGGAAUUAUACCUCGACUGUGCAAUCAUCUUUUUCAAAGAAUUCAUGAUAACGAGGAUCCUAAUUUGCAAUAUUCUGUUGAAGUAUCGUAUAUGGAGAUAUAUUGUGAGCGAGUUCGUGAUCUUUUGAAUCCGUCAAAUGGAGGCAACCUUCGAGUUCGCGAACAUCCACUUCUUGGACCUUAUGUAGACGAUUUAACAAAGCUCGCCGUCUGUUCAUAUCAAGACAUUUAUGAUCUGAUGGAUGAAGGAAACAAAGCCAGGACAGUAGCAGCAACCAAUAUGAAUUCAACUUCAAGCAGAUCCCAUGCUGUAUUUACAAUUGUCCUUACCCAAAAUCGACACGAUGUCUCUACGAAUCUCACAUGCGAAAAAGUCAGUAAAAUUUCGCUGGUCGAUUUAGCUGGAAGUGAGCGAGCAACAUCAACAGGUGCUGAAGGUCAAAGGUUGAAAGAGGGUGCUAAUAUCAAUAAAAGUUUAACUACUCUAGGACUGGUUAUUUCUAAGCUAGCUGAAGAUGCUAAUAAACGAAAAGGAAAAGGGAAAUCUGUAAUACCGUACCGAGAUUCAGUUCUUACAUGGCUGUUACGAGAAAAUCUUGGUGGGAACUCAAAAACUGCAAUGAUAGCUGCUUUAUCACCUGCGGAUAUUAAUUUUGAUGAAACUCUUAGUACACUGAGAUAUGCAGAUCGAGCUAAGCAAAUUGUUUGUCAGGCCAAAGUUAAUGAAGAUCCAAACGCCAAAUUAAUUCGAGAACUGAAGGAAGAAGUGAAUAAAUUAAGAGCACUCUUAGAAACUAAGGGAAUCGAUAGUGAAGAUCCAAUGACAACAAAAGCAUUGUAUUCGGCUCGAGAUCACGAUACUAUUGAACAACUAAAAGCUUCCGAAAAAUUAAUAGCUGAGCUUAAUCAAACAUGGGAAGAAAAGCUACGCAAAACAGAAGAAAUUCGUCGCCAACGUGAAGAUGAGCUACGAGAAAUGGGUCUCGCCACUGGUGAGGAUGGCAGCACUCUUGGAGUAUUUUCACCCAAAAAGCUUCCACAUCUGGUCAAUCUGAAUGAAGAUCCACUUAUGUCAGAAUGUCUUCUGUACUACUUAAAAGAAGGUGUUACUAGGGUCGGCCGACCAGAAGCGAAAAACCGCCCAGAUAUUUUAUUAAGUGGCCAACUGAUUCUCGAUGAGCACUGUCGCUUCCUUAAUGAUGAAGGAAUUGUAUAUUUGGAACCAGAAAAUAACGCUCAAUGUUUUGUAAAUGGUAAACCAGUUAAGCAAGCGACUAUUCUUCACACUGGUUCAAGGGUUAUCCUUGGCAAAUACCAUGUUUUCCGUUACAAUGAUCCACAGGAAGCUCGCCAAAGUCGACAGAAUUUAUCGACAUUAACAAGUGAAUAUUCUAAUUCAAGUGAACCAUUAGAUUGGAAAUAUGCACAGCAAGAAUUACUUGAAAAGCAAGGAAUUGAUUUGAAAGCUGAAAUGGAGAAAAAAAUGAUUGAAAUGGAAUCGCAGUAUCGGAAAGAACGAGAGGAGCUCGAGCUCAAGAUGAUACGACAAACCAAGGAAUAUGAAAUGCGUAUUGAAACACUUCAAAGGCAAGUGGACCUGGCCCAAAGCAUGAUUUCAUCAACGUGUUCUACUUGGGAUGGAGAACGCUUACUUUCAAGCAGUCUUUUAUGUUUCGAACCUGAAUGUAAAUGGACAGCAGAUGAAGAACGCAUUGCAAGAAGAACAGUAAUGAAAUGGCGAUAUCACCAGUUUACUUCAGUACGCGACGAUUUGUGGGGAAAUGCUAUUUUUUUGAAAGAAGCCAAUGCCAUCUCUAUUGAACUUAAGAAAAAGGUGCAAUUCCAAUUUACUCUUGUUACGGAUACUAUGUACAGUCCGAUGCCUCCAGAUCUACUCCUUCCUGGCGAAGACCUUGCUCUGCGUCCAUAUCCAAAAACUGUUGUCGCAGUACAAGUCCAAGAUCUCAAAAAUGGCGCCACACAUUACUGGAGUAUUGAAAAACUCAAAAAUCAGUUAGCUUCGCUAACACAUGGAAGUAGUUACAGAAUGAGGCUCGAGGAUAUGCGUCGCUACUACAAUUCAGACUUCAGCGAGGCAUUUACUCCUGAAAGUCCUUCAUCAUGUAUGCAGCAAAGUUGGUUAAACGCUAUGCAGUUCAAUCCAGCAUUUCUUAUUCCGGACAGACAAAGGCUGGAAAUAAUGCGAGAAAUGUAUCAAACCGAGGGUGAAUUAAGCCCAGGAAGUCCAGAAGAUCCAAUGAUGGACGCACUUCUAGGGACUGAUCCAUUCUACGACCGAUUUCCAUGGUUUCGCAUGAUUGGAAGGGCAUUCGUUUACUUGAGUAAUUUGAUUCAUAAUGUUCCGCUGGUACAUAAGGUUGUUAUUGUUAAUGAAAGAGCUGAAGUCAAAGGACAUCUUCGAGUUGCUAUUGAGCCUAUUUUACAUGAAGAUAUGCAAAAACAACAAGAAAAAGGCGUACAAAAAUUCGUCAAAUGCGAUUUUCGUGAAGAAGAUUUCAUAAAAUAUGCUAAGCAAAGUAAAGUGAAUCAAAACAGUGAACGAGCUGUUGGAGGAAAGAAAAUAAAAGGAGCAUUAGAUCUUCCGAAUUUUAAUGAACAAACAAAUCAUAUUUGGAACAAUUAUCCCGAUCAUAUGAAGCAAAACUCAGAAUAUUGCUUUAAGAUUACUGUACUCGAAGCCAUUGAUAUUUCUGACCAAUAUGCUGAUAUAUUUUGUCAAUUUAACUUCUUGCAUAGACAUGAUGAAGCAUUUUCAACUGAACCAAUGAAGAAUUCUUCUAAAUGUCCAUUAGUUUUUAACCAUAUUCAGAAUAUUCGAGUGGCUAUGACACCCACAUUUUUGCAUUACGUUAACCAUUUUCCGAUUAUUUUCGAAGUUUUUGGUCAUUAUCGAGUAACGUCACAACAGUUCAUUUUCGAAAGACAAAAUAGUGCCUUAGGGCGACGCUUAUCGACGAAGCUUUCGUUUCAACAACCUUCUUUAGUUAUUUCAACGCCUGUCAAAAGUAAAAAAGCGAAUAUAAUCCCUAAUAAUUUGAAUCAGAUACAUUCGAAGUAUGACCUGCUUGUUUGGUUUGAAAUUUGUGAAUUGGCUGGUAAUGGUGAAUAUGUACCAGCUAUUGUUGAUCAUGCUCAAGGCUUACCAACGCAUGGAAUAUUUUUAUUGCACCAAGGAAUUCAAAGGCGGCUGAAAAUGACAAUAUGUCAUGAAAAAGGAGACGAUGUUAAAUGGCGAGACUGUCAGGAACUAGUUGUUGGUCGAAUCCGUACGAAUCCGGAAUGGAAUGGUGAAGAUAUUGAUGUUCUGUCUCUUGGAUUAUUCCCUGGCACUUUUUUAGAAUUUUCAAUGGAUGACAGGGUAUUUUUCCAAUUUGAAGCUGCAUGGGAUAGUUCUUUACACAAUUCUCCUCUUCUAAAUAAGGUAUCCAAUUAUGGAGAAGUAGUCUAUAUGACAUUAUCAGCAUAUAUGGAAUUAGAGAAUUGUGCGCAACCAGCUGUUAUAACAAAGGAUUUAAGUAUGAUGAUAUAUGCGAGGGAUUCGAAAAUUUCGGCUGCUAGCAGAUUUUGUCGAUCACUGAUUGGAGGUAUAAGCAAAAGUCCUGAAAUGAACCGUGUACCCGGAGUAUAUGAAUUAUCAUUCAAGGAAGCUCUGGAUACAGGUAGUCCAGGAGCUGUUCGUCGUCAACGUCGAGUGUUGGAUACGUCUUCAGCUUAUGUGCGUGGUGAAGAAAAUUUAGGACUGUGGCGUCCACGUGGUGAUUCAUUAAUAUUCGAGCAUCAGUUUGAAUUAGACAAGCUAAGUCGCAUACAACAAGUUGAAAGAGUACGAUUAUUCCUAAGACUUCGAGCAAAACUUAAAUUUGCAAAGAAGAAGAAUAAUGACUCUAAUGAUUUACCUACACCAGUCUCGCCUUGUACGCCAAAACGACUUAUUCCAUCGGAGGUGAAAUUUACACAAAAAGAAAUGAACAUUGUAAGAAAAGUGAUAAAAUUGAUAAAACAAAGAGUGCCCAUGAAUAAAGAUCCUCCAACUGGAAAGAUAAUGGAACAAAGCGAUCAUAGUUCCUCAUCAUUAACCGAAAGUUUGACCAGUCCAAGUUCAGAAAAAAAUGAUUUGACAAAGCCAUCGUUCGAAAUCCUUGCAAAAAUGAAAUCUAGAUCAAACACAAGCCUAACUCUAAGUCCAGAAGGUUGCUGUGAUACUGAUAGUGGAAUUAAACGUUCGAUGAGUGGAAGUCGAAUUUCAAAUAUGUCUUUGCUUAUUCCGGAGGUAACAGAGGAGCGAGUAGGAUUUGUUGUUUCAAAAAAAGGUUACAUGAACUUCCUGGAAGAAAAAACACAAGGAUGGGUGAAACGAUGGGUAGUAGUUCGAAGGCCCUAUAUUCUUCUCUUCCGCGAUGACCGUGAUCUGGUUAUUCGAGGUGUCAUCAAUCUAGCAAAUGCUCGGGUUGAGUAUUCUGAAGACCAACAAGCAAUGCUCAAAGUUCCGAACACAUUUUCAGUAUGCACGAACCAUCGCGGUUUCUUGAUGCAAAUCACGGAUGGUCAGAUGUACGACUGGCUUUAUGCGAUAAAUCCCUUGCUAGCAGGUGAAAUGCGUUCUAAAAUGGGUAGCAACGCAAUGGUCCCCUUGCAGUGA